AUGCCUGUGCGAGACAGCCAAGUUCCGAGCGAACAGGACCCCGUUGUGAGUGAUGAGGAGCUCAAUAAAAUUCGACGCGGGCCACUGGGCAAGACUGUUCUGCGUUUCGUUUCCCAAGAUCCCGACCGGUAUCCGAAACGCACCGCAGGCGUCUCCUUUCGAGGCUUAUGUGUCUCGGGAUACGGCAGUCCGCUGGACUAUCAGAAGAACGUUUUAAAUGUGGUAUUUCAAGCGAUGGAGGUUGUUGCCGGCUUGGGCCGUCGCAACCAACAAAAGAUUCGUAUCCUCCGAAAUCAUGACGGGCUGCUCCUCAGCGGCGAGAUGCUGCUUGUUCUAGGUCGGCCAGGCAGUGGCGUGUCCACGCUGUUGAAGACAAUCGCCGGACAAACAAAGGGUCUACGUAUCGAACCCGAGGCGAUCUUCAGCUAUAAAGGCAAGCAAACAGCGUUGGGCCAGACUUUCUUUUACGCGGCAUUGGCAAAGACUCCGCAGAACCGACUUCCAGGAGUCUCACGAGAACGCUAUGCCGCUCAUAUGCGGGACGUUAUUAUGGCUGUCUUCGGGCUGUCGCAUACUAUCAAUACCAAGGUCGGGGAUGACUUUGUCCGGGGUGUCAGUGGCGGUGAGCGCAAGAGAGUGAGUAUUGCGGAGGUAGCAUUAGCUCAGAGCCCUAUCCAGUGCUGGGACAAUGCUACCCGAGGAUUAGAUAGCGCGACAGCCCUGGAGUUUAUCCGGACAGUGAGGUUGUCCGUCGACCUAACAGGAGCCGCUGCAGUCGUCGCGCUUUACCAGGCUUCUCAACGAGCAUACGAGGAAUUCGACAAAGUCACUGUCCUGUACGAGGGCAGGCAGAUAUAUUUUGGACCAACCGACCGCGCGGUGGAAUAUUUCGUUGAUCUAGGUUAUCAUUGCCCAGCUCGACAGACCGCGGCUGAUUUUCUAACUUCACUCACUAAUCCCAGUGAACGAGUUAUCCGGCCAGGGUUCGAGGCUCGUGUACCCCGUACGCCGGAUGAGUUCGCUCAGACGUGGCGCAACAGCGAACUUCGGAAACAGCUGAUAGACGAUAUUGUUCAGUAUGAGAUCGAAAACCAGAGAUGUGGGAAAUCUGUGGAAGAAUUUACUCGCUCUCGACAGGCACAGAAAUCUUCUUGGAUACGUGGUGUCCGACGACUUCUAGGGGACAAAUCGUUCUUCUUCAUUACGGUCUUUGGUAACCUUUUCAUGUCCCUGAUCCUCGGCAGUGUCUUUUAUGACCUUCCAGACACCACUGCAGCUUUGAAUAAUCGGUGUAUUCUGCUGUUCUUCGCUGUUUUGUUUAACGCGUUGAAUAGCUCUCUCGAGAUUUUCUCCCUAUAUGCUCAGCGGCCGGUUGUAGAGAAGCAUGCGACUUACGCUUUCUAUCAUCCUCUAGCCGAAGCUAUCGCCUCAGCGAUAUGCGACCUUCCCUGCAAAGUCCUUUCCACAAUUGCCUUCAACAUCCCGCUCUACUACAUGUCCAACCUGCGCCGAGAGUCUGGUCAUGUCGCAGUCUAUUUGCUCUUCGCCUUCACUUCGACACUGACAAUGUCAAUGAUCUUCCGCACGAUUGGACAGUCUAGUCGAACCAUCGCACAGGCUUUAACUCCAGCGGCACUCUUCGUCAUCGGUCUUGUUGUAUACACUGGCUUCGUGCUGCCCACACGAAACAUGCAGGUUUGGCUUCGUUGGAUAAAUUAUAUAAAUCCACUUGCCUACUCUUACGAAGCCAUUAUCGCCAAUGAAUUUCAAGGGCGAACCUUUGCGUGUGAGAGCUUUGUGCCUUCUGGUCCGAAUUAUUCCAGUAUCCCCGGUACGGCAAGAACAUGCUCCGUGGCAGGGUUGCCAGGAGCUGAGUCCGUGGAUGGGGACAUGUAUAUGAAUGCUACGUACCGAUAUUAUCACUCUCAUGUCUGGCGUAACUUCGGGAUACUUAUCGGAUACAUUGUCUUCUUCGGUUGCGUUUACGUACUGCUCGCCGAGUUUGUCACCGCGCAGGCAUCACACGGGGAGGUACUGCUCUUUCAACGUAAGAAAGUCCGUGAGGUCAAGCGCGCACAGGACGAGGAAUCCCGAGCCACGAUGCAAGAUGCGCUUGAUACAGCCGUUGCUGGAGAUGAAAAGGAAAAGGUGGUCAACCUUCAAAGGCAAACUGGCGUCUUUCACUGGAGACAUGUUUCCUACGAAGUUUUCAUAAAGGGGGAGAAGAGAAGAAUAUCGGAUGAUAUUGAUGGAUGGGUUAAGCCUGGGACUCUGACUGCAUUGAUGGGAGCUUCUGGAGCCGGCAAGACUACUUUAUUGGAUGUACUUGCUAGCAGGGUGACAACAGGCAUUGUAACGGGUGAUAUUUGCGUCAACGGACAUCCUAGAGAUAUAUCCUUUCAGCGACAGGUCGGCUACGUCCAGCAGCAGGAUAUCCAUCUAGAAACAACCACCAUCAGGGAGGCGUUACAGUUCAGCGCGUUGCUUCGUCAGCCUGCAUCGAUUCCUAAAGAAGACAAGCUUCGGUACGUUGAGGAAGUCUUGUCUCUUCUCGAGAUGGAAUCCUACGCGGACGCAAUUGUUGGCGUUCCAGGCGAAGGUCUCAACGUCGAGCAACGAAAACGCUUGACAAUUGGUGUCGAGUUGGCUGCAAAGCCUGAUCUACUUCAAACAGCAUGGUCCAUUGCGUCCCUACUACGGAAAUUGUCAGACCAUGGACAAGCCAUUCUUUGCACCAUCCACCAGCCGUCCGCAAUGUUAUUCCAGCAAUUUGAUCGCCUCCUGCUUCUCGCCAAAGGUGGCAAAACAGUCUAUUUCGGCGACAUCGGUGAGAAUUUCAAGACACUGAUCGAUUAUUUUGAGAAGCAUGGAGCAGAGCCCUGUGGGCCUUCAGACAAUCCCGCCGAAUGGAUGUUGAGAGUCAUCGGAGCUGCGCCAGGGAGUGUUUCGAAGCGUGACUGGGGAAAGAUCUGGAAAUCUAGUCCGGAAUAUUCAGAUGUUCAACGCAUGCUUGAUCAAAUUAAUCAUGAAAAACCGCCCCAGGCCCAAGACGCCUCGCUAAGUCAACAAUAUGCCGCACCGUUCCGAACCCAAUUGUGGCUCUGCACUAAGAGAGUCUUCGAGCAGUACUGGCGCACACCCUCGUAUAUUUACUCCAAAUUAACGUUAUGCUUCGGUUCCGCUCUUUUCAUCGGUCUCUCUUUCCUGAACACCAAGAUCUCGAUCCUGGGUCUCCAGCAUCAGAUGUUUGCUAUUUUUAUGCUAUUAGUCAUAUUCGCGUUUCUCACAUAUCAAACCAUGCCUAACUUCAUCAUGCAGCGAACGCUAUAUGAAGCUCGAGAGCGCCCAUCCAAAACAUAUUCGUGGGCCGUGUUCAUGCUGGCAAAUAUUGUGGUCGAGCUACCUUGGAAUACGCUUGCUGCCGUGCUAAUCUAUCUACCGUUCUACUACCUAGUUGGGAUGGACAAGAAUGCUGAGGCCACCCACACCGUGACACAACGGAGCGGGUUAAUGUUUCUUCUCUUCUGGUCGUUCAUGAUGCACUGCGCCACAUUUACAAGCAUGGUUGUGGCUAGCGUCCCCACGGCAGAGAUUGGCGCCAUCUUGUCUCUCCUGAUGUACGCAAUGUGCUUGAUAUUCUGUGGGGUCAUGGCGGCACCCGCUAGCCUCCCAGGCUUCUGGAUCUUUAUGUACCGUGCCUCGCCGCUAACAUACUUGGUCAGCGCUAUGCUAUCAACUGGCCUAGCCAACACUGAAGUCACAUGCUCCGACAUCGAGGUUACCCUCGUGAAUCCUCCUGCUGGGCAGACAUGUGCGGAAUAUUUAUCGGCCUAUAUGCAGACUGCCGGUGGGAAAGUGUACAAUCCCAACGCGACGACGAGCUGCCGAUAUUGUGCGCUCACAGAUUCUAAUAUGUUUCUGGCAUCGGUGUCGUCGGAUUACGAUGAGCGAUGGCGCAACUUCGGACUCAUGUGGCGAAGGGGCGGUGCUUCAAUCGUCCAACGGCUCAUCAAAACCGGCCGAGUGAAUGUCAACGCGGGAGACCGAUGGGGCCGCACACCAAUUUUCCACGCCAUUUCCUACCAGAAUCGCCAGAUUCUGGAAAUCCUACUGGAGGAUGACAGCCUCGACCUGUCCUGUCAGGAUGAUCUUGGCCGCACACCCCUCUACAGCGUGUCAAAGGGCCAGACGGCCCUAACGAAGAUGCUCCUGGGUCACCCGAGGCCCUAUGUGAACGUUUGA